AGUCGCACCGUCAAACUACCUCCAAUUGUUAUAAGCGGAUGCAGACGCGCGCUGAGCGCCGUGCUGCCGUGUGCGAGACCAUCUUGUGCGCCGUGCUUGCGGUUGUUGUAAAACUGUAUUCCCUCCUCUAUUCUUCCCGCUUGCGCUCGCCGCUGCUCGUGCUCGCCCUCACGCUUGCUUGCGCUCCUGCGUGUCCGCGCCUGCGCCUGCGCUCGGUGCCAGAGUCUCGGCUCGUACUGUGUACCCCGCGCAUGCUCGUCUUGCUUCUCACCUAUCACCAGCCUCUGCUAAAUACCUACUAUCCGCCCUCCUUUGUCCAUAUAUCAUACGCUCAUGAUACCCCCGCGGACCUUGCCCGCGGGAUGACGAACGUAAUGCCUUCGAACGGACUUUCUACCCCACGCCAGUACCAUACUUACUCGCGAGGACUUCUUUCUGGAAGCUUUUCUUAUCGUAUGCUUGGAAGCUGCCUACCACCUUUCAACAACUCGUAUCCAUCUUCUACUUAGCUUCCUGCUUUAUAUGCUCCACUUCUGAUCCUCUCCCGACCUGCGUACCCCACUCCGACCCGCGCUCUCGAGAUGUCUGCUUCUUUGCUUCCUGCUUACUUACCGAUCUACCCAUUUACCGGAUGCAAUGUUUGCUUGAUUCGAUGCAUCAUCAAGGUACGGACAUCCUGCGAUGCUAGAGAUGACGGGACGAUUUCAAG